AUGGCUACACCUGAAGGAAUUUGCAUCCUAGUAGUCAAUGAGGAUAUCUUGUGCUCGACUUUGGUGGCACAAAUGCUACAAAGUUGCACUUAUGAAGUGUUGAUGACUGCUGGGCGACCACUGGAAGCUUUAAGCCUCAUCUGUGGAAAGAAGGAUUCAAUCAAGGUGGUGAUAUCAAACGUUCACAGAGUACAGAGUAUUUGGGCGAGUGACGUGCUCCAUUGUAUCAAGGACACACUCAAUGUCCCCAUUUCUUUUAUAUCACCAGAUGACAACAAGCUUGAGUUGAAAGAUUACACCUUUGGAGCAUAUCUUCUAAAGUCAAUCAACAAUGACAUUACUAAUGUUUUGAGUUCAGCUGUACUCGAAAACGAGCCAGAAGUAAUGAAGGUCGUCGGGUGUCUUUCCCAACCGCCUUCAUCCCCACCACGACAACUUGUUUCUGCUGAAGGAAUUACCGCUCCACUAAAUAGCGGUAACGAAAUUUUUAAUUGCACAAUUACUGCUCCAUCACUGCCGGCAGGCGACCAUACUAUCACUAGUAUGGAAAUUACUGCUUCAACAUCGGGGAACCAAACCACUAGUGAGGCAAUUACUGCUCCAUUGCCUCCAAACAAGGAAACUACUGCACCACCAACAACCAACCAAGUGGAUGGUAGGGAAAUUACCGAUUCAUCGUCGCAAGCUAAGGAGACUACUACACAACCUAGCAAGAAAACUACUAAUCGGAAACCUCGCGGUCGGCCGCCAACUAAUCCAAGUACUAGUAGUCAGAAAAUCACCGCUCCGUCAAGUAAUGACCAAACAGAAAUUAUUGCACCACCACCACCUACUAGCCAAACUACUAGUAGGGAAAUUACCGCGCCAUCAUCCUCUCACCAGAUCCCUGAAAAUGAUGAAGGAAAACCGAAGGCGACAACAAAGCGAAGAAAAGAGAAAGCUCGGAAGAGGAAUAGUGGCGAUGGUGAUGGAAAGCAUGUGGAGAAGAAACCUAGGAAGUACCGUCUUUUCAUGAAAAAAAAUCAAAGGGCAAGAGAAGCAGCUGUAGCUGCUGCCAACAAUGAAGGCUCAAAUCCAGAAAACCAACAACAAGUUGGACAACAAUUACAACUGGCAAAUUUACCAUAUACAUUUGGAAUGUCACAACUUCUGCAUCGCCCUUUAGGCCUCAAUUCUGCAACCGGCUUGAGCAGUAGCAGCAGCAGCAGCAGCCGCCGGGGUUACUGGAAUUCGAGACUAUCGGACAGACAGCCGAGCUGGUUUCAGAGCAGUAGCUGUUCGCCGUUUUCAGCUUCACUGAGACAUGGGCAUAGUAGCCUCAGUACCUUUAAUCCGAUGAUGAGGAGGUCAGUUGGCGCUUGUUUGGGGCUCAGAUUGACAGAUGAUGGAAGAAGCUUAGAAUUUGGAUUUCCAGAUGCUCCACAUAGGAUUGGAAUAGGAAAUGGAUUACCAUCAUCACCCAACCAGAAGUUUGAAAGUGAGGAGAAUCAAAGUCCUAAUCAUCACAUUCAUCCUUCGACAUCUGCUACAGUUCAGCCAGAUGAUCAUUCAUCUCAGAGUCACAAUGCAGAUGAUGCUGACCACAUUUCUAAUCAACCGCUGGAUCAUUCAGUAUCUACCAUUCAUGUGCCACCAAGUAUGAUUCCUCCAGGGCGGCCAUUGAAUUCAUCUCAGGAUCACAAUCCAGAUAGCCAGAACUCAUUCAUCUCAAGAUCUCUCCAGGAUAUGAUGCUAGUGGAUCAUUCAACAUCCCCAUUUCGAGAGCCACGAAGAGCUAUUUCUCAGCUGUCUAAUAAUGCAUCUCAUAAUCCCAUUGCAGACAACAAUAACUUGGUGUUCAAUCAGCCCAUGUCCGCAUAUGCGACAUCCUUUCAAGACACAAUGCUACUCGAUCGGUUAAUAUCUACCAUUCAAGCGCCACCAAGUUCCAUUCCCCUGCAGCCGGAUAGUUAUUACCAGGAUCACAAUGUGAACAGCAAUAUUUUCUUGACCAUGCUUCCAUUCGCAAUAUCCCAACAGAAUACAAUGCAUGUGGGUCAUUUUGCAACAAUGCAGCAACAGAAUCCAAACCCUGUUGGAAAUGAGGAAGAACUUCAUCAUGGACUACUCUCCAGAUUAGGGAAUUACAUCUUACCUCCUCUGCAACAACCAUUUGCAUCCCAAUACGAAAUGGGGAUUCCAUUCUCAUUGAUAAUGUCUGUUCAGAAUACACAGUUGCCAAUCCCUGGAAUGCAACAACCAGCUUCAUUUGGAUUCAAUCCUCCAAUAUAUGGUGAUUCUACAGAAGUUCACACUAUGCCUAUGAAUAACAUUCUUGAUGGCCAGGCACAGAUCACAAUGCCACCUUCCUCAGGGGAUAACAGUAUGGUAGGGUAUCAUUCUGGAUUGCUGUUUUCAGCAUUGGCUUCUGAACAACAAGAAACCAUGGUAACUUCUGCUGGGAGUUCAGUGCAAGGUGCUUCAUUCCAAGAACUGCUUGUUUCAGCAUUGCCUUCUGCUGAACAGCAAAGCAUGACAAACUUUGCCGAAAAUUUAGGACAGGGUGCUUCAUUCCAAGGAUUACUUGCUUCAGCGUUGCCUAAUGCUGAACAAGAAACCUUGGUGAAUUCAGCUGGAAAUCCAAGCAGUGGGGCCUCAAUUCAGGAAACACUUGAAUCAGGAAAUUCAGGAGAGAGUGGUUCAAUUCAGGCAACUUCACCGUCGCCUCAAAGAAUUCUGCUUCAAGAAGUACCAUCAGCUCCAGAAGAACUUCAUAGCUCCUGGAUGGAUGAAAACUAUCCAUUUCUGACUGAGACAGGAAGCCCACCUCGCUUGGAUGAUGCAUUCUUCAAUCAGAAUAGAUAA